GUCUUUUUAACAUGGCGGACGAAACACGACUGGAACAAGGUUAAAGACUAGACAACAAAACAAGCAUUUACAAAACAAGGAAGAGUUAUUUAAUAGUUACUAACCAAAAGAAAUAAAACUGCAAUCAUGCCACAAAACGAACAUAUAGAACAAUCCAGGAAACGUCAUGGAUAUCGGCUCGAUCAUUUUGAGCGAAAGCGAAAAAAGGAAGCUCGUCAACCACACGAACAGGCUGAGCAGGCCAAGAAACUUCACGGUCUAAAGGCCAAGCUUUACAACAAGAAGAGACAUGCUGAGAAAGUUCAGAUGAAGAAAACCCUCAAAAUGCACCAGGAAAAACGAACCAAAACAAGGAAUAAUGAGAAAGUACCCGAGGGUGCUGUUCCAGCAUAUCUACUGGAUAGAGAAGGGCAAUCAAGAGCUAAAGUGUUGAGUAAUAUGGUCAAACAGAAGAGAAAAGAAAAAGCUGGAAAAUGGAAUGUUCCUCUACCAAAAGUACGAGCUGUUGGUGAAGCUGAAGUUUUCAAGGUUGUUAAAACUGGGAAGACAAGAAAGAAAGGAUGGAAGAGAAUGGUAACAAAGGCAUGUUAUGUUGGUGAAGGAUUUACYAGAAAACCUCCAAAGUUUGAAAGAUUCAUUCGACCAAUGGGAUUGAGAUAUAACAAAGCACAUGUGACUCAUCCAGAGCUGAAAGCCACAUUUCAUUUACCAAUCAUUGGAGUAAAGAAGAAUCCACAGUCUUCACUUUACACUCAACUAGGAGUAAUGACUAAAGGAACUGUCAUUGAGGUAAACGUUAGUGAACUUGGUCUAGUAACACAGGGUGGUAAAGUAGUAUGGGGUAAAUAUGCACAAGUUACCAAUAAUCCAGAAAACGAUGGAUGUAUUAAUGCAGUUUUACUUGUCUAGUUAUAACUUUUCCAAUUCAAAUAUCUGUAAAUAAAACCCGGAUUCUCAAUUUA